UGGUUUUACUAUUUAUAACUGGAAUGCCAGUAAGCGAACGUCCAGUUCACAUAAAACAAUUCAAAGCUGAGAAUUGGCCUAAAUAUUCUCAGUAUCUAUCUCGUACAAGUUGUUUAAUUCCAUUUCCACCACUAUUAUAUGAACCGUUUCCACAAAUUAUAAAGAGUACUUUGUUCUUGGAAUUUCCCAUAUAUCGAUUUGACCCAGAAUCGGAAGGUGAUCUGGUCAAAAAAGAUAAAAAUGUGGGAGAUAAGGAUAAAAAUGUGGGAGAUAAGAAUAAAAAU